AUGGCUGACGAUGAUGACGACGACGACUUCUCUGAGAUGGAGCUGCCGUCCCCAGCGCUGGCCGAAGGGGAGGGGAGCCGCAGCUGGCCGGGCAACGCCGCGCAGGUGGUGUCCAGCCUCAUCGGCAUGCAGGUGGACGCGCAGGGCCUUAGCGGAUGCUAUGAGACCCAGGAAGCUGCGCGGGCCGUGCUGCAGGACUUGGGCCUCACGCUGCUGCGGGUGGAGUCCCACGAGCCUGCGGAGCUGCGAACCACCCAGUUUCACUUGGCUCAGUUUCUGACCUUCUCAAUGGCGCGGCCUUCUUUGCAGAACGGCGCGGCCCUGCAGCGCUACAUCGAGACCCUGCGUCAGAGCUUGGACUUCCGGGCCACGUGGCCCACGGAGCCCCUGGAGGACAACAGGCAGAACACUUUGCUGGAAGGCGAGGACCACAUUAUCUUCGAGCACUGCUCGGAAGGUCUCAUUCGGCUUCACUGGAUGAACCCGCUUCCCAAGCCAGCAUGGCUGCAACACGGGGGAUAUCAGUGCGAUGUGUGCUUCGACCCGGACAUUCGUCUGGGAUAUCAGCAUGUUACGGAAGACAAUGCCAGAGACCAUUCAAAGCUGCUGGAGGAACGCACAGGGUACGACUUGUGUGCCACGUGCGCUGAGAAACAUGUGCUGGGCACGAGGCAGCGGAUCCUAUCUUGGAUCUCCAGCGUAUCUGAGAGCCGCAGCUUCCAGCGCCUCGGGGACAAGUUGGAGCUCCGCUUGUCCGUGAAGCGUGCGGGAAGCGCUGCCGAGAUCGAGGCUGAAGGCUCUGGGGGCCUGCAUUGCGCAGUGGCAGUGCUGCCGCUCGAGGCUGCGGUUCCAAAAGCUUGGCUCUCCAUGGGCAGGAAGCUAGCUUCUAAGCUACCUGGGCCUGCUGAGCCGGCGGAUUCUUUGGGCCAGCUGCAGCUCCGCUGCGCGCAGAGCAACGCCACGGUGCGGCUCGCGGCGGGGCGCCGACAGCUCCUUUGCUCCCGGCAGAGUGCCGAGCGGGCCGAGUGGAGUGCGGAGACGCCGGUCUACGCGCUGCAGCUCACGGAGAGUGAAGGCCGGUGGCGCCUCGCGUUUCAGCCUGCGGUGGAAAGCGUGUGGCUGCGAGACCCCCAGCAGUUGGAGGACCUGAGAGUCCUGGCGUCCCGCGCAGGCUGCGUCCACAACAUCCCGCGGAAGCCCGCCGACGAGAUGCAGCUCACGCGCUCAGUGAGCUCAAGCGAUGCAGAGUGGGCAGAGAAGAGCGGCUUGGAGCGAAGGCACCCCGACGCCUCCGACCUCCGAGGCUUUGCCGCGCACGGCGCGGGCACGAGUGGGGGCUUCUUCGAGCCCUCUGGAAGCUCCGACUGCGCCAUCUGCGCCCCGACCAGCUGA